GCUGGGAAGGAAGCUCUAAUUAUUGAUGCUAAUCAUGCCGUCUCUUUCUGUCGGGAGAGUGAUGAAGGUGGUGAUCCCGCUCAUUUCGGUGCUCGGCCUGCUGAGCGUGAAGCUUGCCGGGGCCAAUCAAGAAUCGGGGAGUGUCAUUCCAGCGGAAAGUCGUCCCUGUGUUGACUGCCAUGCAUUCGAAUUCAUGCAGAGAGCUCUUCAGGACUUAAAGAAGACGGCGUAUAAUCUCGACAGCCGGACAGAAACCCUCCUCCUGAGAGCAGAGAAGAGAGGCCUUUGUGAUUGCUUUCCUGCAAUGCACUGAAACAAGCGCUGGGAAGUAGCCAAUGGACAUUACUCAUUUUUAAAAUGCUAUUCAGUAAACUACAGACAGAUUUAUUGACUACAGGUUGCAUUACACUGUAAGGAAAACAAUACUUUAUCUCAACAGAUACUGCUGAGUUAGAGCUUUUUUGCUUUGACACAUUUGAUUGUAAUUGCGUCUGUUGUCACACAUGCUGAAAUGUCAAAGAAGAAACAGUGUCAAAGUCUUUACUUACAUAAAGCCUGUAAGUUAGAUUUCCAUUUAAAAAAAAAUCUCAAGCCAAACUUUACCUUUGGAUGCUCAGGCAAUGUCCUCCGUAGAUAUCAAAUGGCAUCAAUCCAUUAAAAUCAAUGGAAUGACAUCAUUUCUCUCCAGCCAGGGAUCAGGUCAUAGGCUUUUUAUUGGACCUCCCUGAUGAUUCAGUGGUGUGAUUAGUGACAGGACAUGGCCCUAAGUAUCCCACUGGAGGUUACUUUGCAAUAAAGUUCAAGUUAACAGUCAUUCACAAGAGGUCUUGAUUUUAAGAGGUGAAACAGUGUCUACCACUUGCUGCUUUGCUGUGUAGAUAGAGCAGUUACCUGUAACGAUAUAAUUAUAGAAGUUGUAACAACAGGCCACCAUUUUGUGUGCACAGCUAUUGUAUUUUGCACCACUAGCUUCUGCAGAGCCGUACAGUAGAUGUGGGGGUGGGGAUUUAUUUAUUUAGUAUCUUACACAAUCAGCAACAUUUGGAUGACAACUGCCUCGUGGCUUUGCAGGAGGUUUAUGCCAACAUUUUCUAAAGAAGCAUCCUCCAUUAAACAGAUCAUGAAUUGGCUAGAACCAUUCUCAAUAGUCUCCUUCAGUGAGUUUCAGACGAGGGUCCACGUAAUGUAUAUUAAUUACUUGCAUCCCUUGCCAGCCUUAUUGUGAGGAAUAUGCAAGGGGCACUAAACUGCUGCUUAGUACAUGUGUGGGCCUUCUGCCUAAGCCUGGCUUCACACUAGGAUCCUAGUGUGGGAAGGUGCCAAUUGUUUGUGUUCUGCCAAGUGAUGCAGCUGAGUGCCAUCAAUUCCCCGUAAGAGAAACAGGAGCUUAGCAGGAGGUAGGCAGAUGCUUGCAGCACUGGGAUCUGUUACUCACUGAAAAUAGAAAGUGACUUCGUCCUAGUUCGUUCCCCUCUUUUUUUUUUGUUAGGCAGAUCCCUCACGGAAGCAUCUUAGAAUUUAAUACACUUUCUACAGGGUUUUUUUUUUCUUUAAACUAUCCUGUAGGAAGUAAUCAAGAGAGGACCUUGUCUCUUCUGAAGAAUUCAACAGGUUGGUUUAAGACCUCUAGAGAAAGGGCAGCACUGCACGAGACAAUAUAGCUUUCAGUGUAACAUUGUUUAAUGUUGUUAUUAAUUCCUAAUGAACUGUUCUUAUUGUUUAAUUCCUAAUUAAUCCAAUAGCAUCUUCUUAGCAGGGACUUGUGGCCGCUCAGGAACACUGGGCUCCUAUUCAUCUUUUUUUACAAGUGAAACCAAUUAGCUUUUAAACAUUGAUUGUAUCAAUGUCUUUAUUACUUACCUCUGUAUCACAUGGAUAUAGCAAAUGGAAAAAUGCUAAUGUUGGACUUGCCUCCUGUGACCUGGUGUCACCGGGGUGGCAGGCAGUGACUGGACUGUUAAAUGUGUUUUGGAGAGAAUGGAAGAUGAGGGAUCACAGCCCGGCUGUAAUUAGAAAACUGCUUUGGAUCUCAAGUCUUGACAGCUUGCAGGAGGCUUCUUGUCAACAAUUCCCAAGGGGUGCAACCGACUCACUUGAGACCCUGCCACCAAACACAAACAUCCUGUUACGCAUCUCCAGCAACUAGUAUUU